UUUUUUUUGAAAGUUUAUUGGUAUGAAAGAGCUUCAAAUGUAAAUUACAAAGGGAAAACAGAAGAAGAAAUUAGAGAAAUUGAGGAAGAAGAAAUAAAAAAAAUGGAACGUAAUAGAAAAGAGAGAAGAAAGGAUGAAAUUAUGGAAAAGGAUGAGGAUGAAAUUAUGGAGGAUGAAAUUAUGGAGAAGAAUGAAAUUAUUAUGGAAAUGAAGGAAAAAGUAAUUCAACGGAAAGAUAUUAUUGAAAAAGUUGGUGCGGUAAGACGCGCUUGUAAAGCAUUGGAACAUCUUAAUAAGCGCAGAAGUUUUCUCGUGACUAAUUACAUUAAAAUACAUCAACAUGAGGAAAUGAUAAUGUAUAUUCAGCAUAUAGUCUGGAGGUUUGCUAAAUUUAAACCUGAGGAAUUUAAAUUGUUAGACGUUCGACAUAACGUCAUGAAAAAAUUAAUUCUUGGUGAUUGCAAUCAUUUAAUAAAACUUAUUUUAUUUGGAGACAAAAGUAAUAAGGAUGAUGAAAAUGAAAAUAAAGAGGAAUUCGUAAUCAGACAUAUACCAAGGAGUGUGUCGUGGCCAGGAAAAAAUUUUAUAAGUGAUGAUGACCUCCGAUUUGAUAAUAAUGGUCUAGGACUAGAAGAUAAUGAUGAAAGGCCAAAAAAUGAUAUGGAAUUAGCAAUUUAUCGUUACAAAGGUAAAUGAAACUUAUGGCGUUAUAGGUCGUGAACUUAAAGAUACUGUUGUUGUCGCUUAUCUCUUGGAAUAUUAUUCUAGUCAUGCAACAGAUUAUGCUGGUUGGAUGAGUACUGUGUCUAAGGCAUUACCAUUAUUAUUUAAAUAUAACUACG